CAGCAAAAAAUACUCAUCAUACAUUCAAACACCGAAAAUAAGAUCUUAUAGAAGUCAAUUGGGACGGAGUUGGUAAGGAGAUAUUUCGUUCUUUUAUUUUAGUUUCAUUCAUUUACAAUUGAAUAUUAUAUCUUUGGCUUCUGGCUUCAUAAAUAUUCAUCUCUUCAUAUUUCACAUUUCAUACUUCAUUCCUUUGAUCACAUCUAUCUGAUAAGAUCAUUCCCUGGGGUCUCCUGUUACUAUCCAUCUCAUCACACACCCUGGAAAAUACCAGAAAGGAAUUGGCCGUAUUCAUUAUGACCCCAAUAUCUCUCCUCACAGCUAUUGAUUCAACUUCUCAUAUUCAUCUUAUAGUUGGGUCCAAUCCAUUAGCAGGAGCAAGAUGUACAAAAUCAAUCGAAGUAGGAGCGAAACCAAUUCUCAUUGCGCCUGAGUCCUCCCAACUACAUUACACAUUACAAAAACGAAUUGAAAAUGGCGAAGUAGAAUGGUUGAAGAAAUCAUUUGAAGAUGAAGAUGUUAUGACCUUGGGAAGAGAAGAAAUUGGAAGAGUAGUCGAUGCAGUAUUUGUUACUUCGGGGCCGCGGGAUCCUUUGAGUAUGCAUAGCUUCUUUGUAUGAGAGGUUGCAAAGCUAACAUGUUCAGGCGCGCAUAUCUCACAAUUUUGCAAACGAAAUCGCAUACCAGUAAAUGUAGCAGAUGCAUCGAAUCUUUGUACAUUCUCCCUCCUUUCAACAUAUACCGACGGACCACUUCAAAUCGGCGUAACAACCAAUGGCAAGGGUUGCAAACUCUCCUCUAGAAUCCGCCGCGAAAUCGCCUCCUCGCUUCCUACAAACUUAGGGGAGUCAUGUCUACGACUCGGUACGAUUCGAAGACGUAUACAAGAAGAAGAUCAUUUGACACAUCUCACUGCAGCUGGGGACUUGGAUAAUGAAGAAGAAAUAGAUCAAAGUGCUACUUUCAAUAAACUCAUUACGGAAGCAGAUCUCGAUGCUGCGAAAAAUAGACGCAUGAGAUGGCUUUCCCAAAUCUGUGAAUAUUGGCCUCUUCGUCGACUGGCCUCAAUCACGGAUUCAGACGUCGAGAGCGUGUUAAAAUCAUAUGCCACCAAUCCAUCAACUUCGACACCACUCGACACAUCAAUCCUAGAUUCCCGCGUGUCUAAACUCCCACAAAUAAUCUUGGCCGGUUCAGGACCAGGACACCCCGAUCUUCUCACUCGCGCAACCCACAAAGCCAUCCUUUCCGCCGACAUAAUUCUCGCCGACAAACUCGUCCCCUCCGGCGUUCUUGACCUAAUUCCCCGUCGAACUCCAAUCCACAUCGCGCGCAAAUUCCCCGGCAACGCCGAACUCGCGCAACAAGAAUUACUAUCCCUCGGACUAGCUGGUCUCCAAGCCGGCAAAACUGUUUUGCGUUUAAAACAGGGCGAUCCAUAUAUAUACGGACGAGGAGGAGAAGAGUUUGAGUUCUUCCGAAAAGAAGGCUAUGGAGAUCGAGUUGUUGUACUUCCAGGUAUCACGAGUGCAUUGAGUGCGCCGCUGUUUGCGGGGAUACCGGCGACACAGAGAGCGGUUAGUGAUCAAGUACUUAUAUGUACUGGAACUGGAAGAAAGGGAAAACCUACUGUGCCGCCUCAAUAUGUGGCUACUCAAACUGUGGUGUUCCUAAUGGCACUUCACAGGAUUAAGGGGUUGGUAGCUGAUCUCACCACUCACGAUUCCGAAGAUGCAAAGGUAGUCGAUGAGAACGGGGAAGUCGAUCAACGCAGGAAAUUAUGGCCGCUAAGCACUCUAUGUGCAGUCAUAGAACGAGCAUCAUGUCCGGAUCAAAGGGUGGUAAGAACAUCUUUAGAAUGGGUCGUAGAUGCUAUCGAAGAAGUGGGUAGUAGACCACCUGGACUCUUAGUACUUGGUGCUGCGUGCGAGGUUUUGUUCAAUCAAAAUUCUAGAAAAGAGGGGAGGAAAUGGGUUGUUGAGGAGGGGUUUAAGGGUUUGGAUGAUUUGGGGUUGGCAGACAUGGGUUUGGGCAUUUGUGGUGAUGAGGGGUUGAGGCCGGAUGUGGUGAGGGGGGAUAGUUUUGGGAGGGAAUUAAAGGUUUAGAUUUUAUGGGGACGGGAAAGAUAUGAUA